CCGGGAGGAGGGCAGCGGAGCCAGAUCCGGGCGCAGGAGGAUGGGGAACGCCGACUCCAAGCUCAACUUCAGGAAGGCGGUGAUCCAGCUCACCACUAAGACGCAGCCUGUGGAAGCAACAGAUGAUGCCUUCUGGGACCAGUUCUGGGCAGAUACAGCUACUUCAGUUCAAGAUGUAUUUGCUCUAGUUCCUGCUGCAGAAAUCAGAGCUGUGAGGGAAGAAUCUCCUUCAAAUUUGGCUACUUUGUGUUACAAGGCAGUGGAAAAGCUGGUACAGGGAGCUGAGAGCGGCUGUCACUUUGAGAAAGAAAAACAGAUUGUUCUGAAUUGCAGCCGCCUCUUGACCCGCAUCUUACCCUAUAUCUUUGAAGAUCCUGACUGGAGAGGCUUCUUCUGGUCGACUGUCCCUGGGGCUGGACGAGGAGGGGGAGAUGAAGAUGAUGAAAAUGCUAGGCCUCUCGCUGAGUCAUUGCUUCUGGCCAUUGCAGAUUUGCUCUUCUGUCCAGAAUUCACAGUUCAGAGUCAUCGAAAAAGCAAUGUGGACUCAGCUGAGGAUAUCCAUGCAAUUGAUAGUUGUGAAUAUAUCUGGGAGGCUGGUGUUGGGUUUGCUCAUUCCCCAUCACCCAACUUCUUCCAUGAUUUAAACAGGACAGAGCUACUGAAACUCCUGCUGACAUGUUUCUCAGAGGUUAUGUACUUACCCCCAUCCUCAGAUAGCAGCAACGCUAAUCCCUGGGUCCAGUUCUUCUGUUCUACUGAGAACAGGCAUGCACUACCACUGUUCACUUCCCUCUUGAAUAUCGUCUGUGCUUAUGAUCCAGUGGGCUAUGGGAUCCCUUAUAACCACUUGCUGUUCUCGGACUAUCGUGAACCCCUGGUGGAGCAGGCCGCCCAAGUCCUGAUAGUCACAUUGGACUAUGACACUUCCACAAGCUCCAGCCCCACUGUAGAUGGCACUACUACUGGAACAGCCAUGGAUGAUGCAGAUCCUCCAGGACCAGACAACCUGUUUGUCAAUUACCUGUCUAGGAUACACAGAGAAGAGGAUUUCCAGUUCAUUCUGAAAGGAGUGGCUCGUUUACUCUCCAAUCCGUUGGUCCAAACCUACCUGCCAAACUCUACCAAAAAGAUCCAGUUCCAUCAGGAGCUCCUGGUUCUCUUCUGGAAACUUUGUGAUUUCAACAAGAAAUUUCUCUUUUUUGUGCUGAAGAGUAGUGAUGUCCUAGACAUCCUGGUGCCAAUUCUCUACUUCCUUAAUGAUGCCAGAGCGGAUCAAUCUAGAGUUGGGCUUAUGCACAUUGGUGUCUUCAUCCUGUUGCUGCUGAGUGGGGAGAGAAAUUUUGGUGUUCGCCUGAAUAAACCAUAUUCUGUACGAGUACCAAUGGAUAUUCCUGUAUUUACAGGAACGCAUGCAGAUCUUCUCAUCAUUGUCUUUCACAAGAUCAUCACCAGUGGGCACCAGCGGCUGCAGCCCCUUUUUGACUGCCUUCUUACCAUCAUUGUGAAUGUAUCUCCAUACUUGAAGUCUCUUUCUAUGGUAGCUGCUAACAAACUGUUGCACCUGUUGGAAGCCUUUUCUACCACUUGGUUUCUCUUUUCCGCUGUUCAGAACCAUCAUCUUGUUUUCUUUCUGUUGGAGGUUUUCAACAAUAUCAUCCAAUAUCAAUUUGAUGGCAACUCUAACUUGGUGUAUGCCAUUAUUCGCAAGCGGAAUGUGUUCCAUCAGCUGGCCAAUCUGCCUACUGACUUGCAGUCCAUCCAGAAAGCUUUGCAGCGCAAAAAGAAAGCUCCCGAACCUAUAUCUCGCACCAAUUCUCAAGAAGGGAUAUCCAUGGAAGGAUCGCGACCAGCUGCACCUGCUGAGCCUGGCACACUGAAGGCCAGCUUAGUAGCAACUCCAGGCAUUGACAAACUCACAGAGAAAUCCCAAGUGUCAGAGGAUGGCACAAUGCGUUCCCUAGAGCCAGAGUCCUCACAGUCUUCAGCAGAAGGCAGUCCCCCAGGCAUUGUCAAUGAUCCAGAAUCUUGGAGUGGGGAAUCCUCACAACCCAAACGGGAUCGACGGCGUCUGUCCAGCAUGUCCUCAACUGGGCAGUGGAAUCCAACUCCUGAAUGGGUGGUAUCUUGGAAAUCAAAACUGCCCUUACAGACAAUCAUGCGGCUGUUACAAGUCCUUGUCCCCCAGGUAGAGAAGAUUUGCAUUGAUAAGGGCCUCACAGAUGAGUCUGAGAUUCUGAAAUUCUUGCAGCAUGGCACACUGGUGGGGCUGCUCCCCGUCCCUCAUCCCAUCCUGAUCCGUAAAUACCAGGCUAACUCUGGUACUGCUAUGUGGUUUCGUACCUACAUGUGGGGGGUUAUCUACUUGAGGAAUGUGGAUCCUCCCAUCUGGUACGACACUGAUGUAAAGCUGUUUGAAAUUCAGCGAGUCUAGGAACAGGAAGAAAGUGGGGAACUUGCUCCUGUUUAGAGGAGCAAGGAUCUUGCUGUGCGCUUCUUCAUCACAGCUCUUCCUUCAUCUCACUGCCUGCUGGGUGAUCCAAAGGACAAUCGUUUUCAUUUAUUGACCUGCCACUUUAAAGUUCACAGACCCUUCCUAACAAUCUUUUUCCUAGCUCCCUGCUGGAAAGAAAUGCAAGGAGAGGCAGCCUUGGUGAUUACAAUGAAACCAAACAAUCUCUCAUCAAGUUCUCCUUGUGCUUCUGGGUGCAAUUCUGAAACUGAUUAGCUAGAGAAGCAGUCUUUUCACUUCCUAGUCAGAUUCAGCCUUUAAAUUAAAAAGACACUGAAUGUAAAGAGUUAUAAACUGGACCAAUGAAGGAAGUGCUACUGCAGGAGGUAGCUCUGUGGUUCUUUUCCAAAGAAUGUAUCCUAACACCUCUUUAUGUUGUAGCCCCCCUUGCUGCUGUCUUGUUUUAUUGUAUCUAGAAGGGUGGGGUAGUAGCUUCACUCAAUAGUGACUGUGGGCCUCUAUUUAUUUAAAUCACUUCAGGUCAAUUUUCUGGGUUUGGUUCCCUUUCCUGCCAUUACAAAUGUGUUUAGUUACUUCGUAGUGGUGCUGUAAUGUAGCAUCCACUUUUUAAUUCCCUUGCCCUUUCUUGCUAGUCCUGGAGGUGCACCUUUGAAAGAUGGAUGUCUCUAAGAAGCACCAUACAUUUUAAACAUCUCUGUUUAUUGGAAGACUGGUUGCUGCAGAAGCUGUUGUAACAUGGGAUAUUUUUGAAAGUGUGUGGGAAGGAAUGGGCACAUCUUAUUUUUCAGGGGUUUAGGGGAAAUCUUUGUUGCAGGCAGUAAAACUGCUGGCGUGGGAUUGAAUUCUUUAAGAAGCUACAUAGUAUGGCUUUUGUUCUAGGCUGAUUGAUUAAGCUGGGCUGUAAUUGAGUCAGUGUUCUGAAAAAUGGGAAUUUCUAUCCAGAAGAGUUUGAAGGAACUGGUGGUGGCUGAUCAAUAGCAUGCAUGUCUUAGGAUGUGAGCGCAAGUUGUUAUUCUGUUUUGUUUCUCAUGAUACAAGCCAGCAGCCCCUUGAAAAUAUGGGCCGUGAAGUGUCCAGUUCAUUCACCACUUGCUUGUAAGAUGUUCAGACAGACUGUGGAGGGCCAUAAUUUUGAAUCACAGCUGUAUAUGGCUGUUGUUACCACAGAGGAUGGCAAAUGUGUUCUUCAGUAACUGACUCUUUGCCAACUUUAUCUGAUCCCUCACUAGAAGUUUUGAGAUUUGAGAAGCCAUUUUUCUGUAGUUCCUUAUUUUUCCCUCCUCUUACAAAGUUUUCCUCAUAGAAAACUGACUAGGUUUGCCAAAUUUAGUACCAGUACAAUUUGCUGAUUUAGGUCAAAGAUGGAAUAGAUAUUUUAGGCGGAGAUGGGUGAAUCCAUGGAUGUCUAGAUAUUUUGGCUUCUAACUCUCAUCAGCCUUGGCCAGCAUAGCCAUUAGUGAGGGAUCAUGGGAGAUGCAGGCCAAUAUUCUACUAUUAAACAAACUAGGGAAAUGGUAGAUAUUAUCUAGAUUUAAUUCUGUAUAGAUGGUGAAAAUAUAGAUUAAAAUGCCAUUUUUUUUCUCCUUGAAAUUUUCUGAUUUCAUUUUUAUUGACCAAAUGUAUCAAUUUAUGUCACAUUCCAGUGCCACUGACAGAUAAGUCUAUGUAUUACGGGGAAUGUCUUUGGUCUUUCAAAUGUGAUUUGGGAAUGUCCUAGCAAAGGUCUGCCUGACCAUACCACAUUUGUACUUCACAGUAGGGAGAAGGAUUUCUUUAUGAAACAUCUAUCUGACUCUUCCCCCUCCCCACUCGCUCUGUGGCUCCUGUAUCUUUAUUUAUGUUCAUGUGUUGGUUUUUUUCUUGUGAAUUUAUCUUGACUUUUGCAGUCUUUGGUGUUGCAGGUCUGCUCUUUGUUCCAUGAAAAAUCAAAAUUGCACUGUAAACUAUUUGCUUUACUUAUUAAGAUAAAAUUAUCUUAAAACACUGCAACUUGCUUUAUCAGAAGAGGUUUAUGAGCUUGUUUGUGCUACCAUUUGAUUUAUGAUGAUCUAGCAUCCUUUACAACGUGUACCUUUCCAUUAUGGCUGCAAGGGAGCUCUUCAUUUAACAUGUUUAGUGGUAAAUUAGAACUAGCACCUGAAAGCAAGAUGAUGCAGCACAGUAUGGAACAUUUGCACAGUAGCUUGUAUUUGCUAACAGAAAGGGAUGGGAUGAAUAUGGGCUAUACCUAGAUGCCUUAAAGGUUUUUAGGAUUAAAGUUUGUAAAAUGGAUGCACCUCCCCCACCCCAAAAAAAAGAAUACAAGGGGAUUGACAUUAGAUUGCUCAAUAUUCUGACAAGAAUAUAAGUUUUCUAUUUAAAAAUUGAGUGCUAUGCUUUGGUGCUGUUCAGCCGGUGCCAUGAAUGUAUUUUGAAUUUGGUUGUGAUUGGUCCAAGCCUCCAUAUGUAUGCUUAAGCCUGCUGUCCUUCCAUAUACAGAAUUCUUUGUUGCAUGAUUACUUUUCCCUGAUAUCUCAUUUAUAACUAACCUUCAGUAAGUUCUUUUGAUUGGGAUCCUGUGCUUCAACUUGUGAGGAAUGGGGUAAUAAUUAACUUUUUAAGAGUGCUAAUUUAUCCAGCUCCUAUUUCUUCUGUCAAGUCAUAUUGACAUAAGGCUGAAUAAAAUUAGCUGGGAUACAAA